AUUCACGCACCAAACCUAGUGAUAUUGAACACAUAGAUAGUGUAGCAUAGAAUGAAUAUAUAAUAAUCUCCAUUUCCAUUUGAUUUGAUGAACCGAGACGACGAGAGAAAACGCAGAUUCAACGAAGCAAUUGUUAACACGCUCUAUCCUCCUCCUCCUCCACCUCAACAAGAUUUCGAACCUGCGGUAGAACACUUCCAGUCUUACUCCAACGUUAUUUCAGGCACUUUAGAUGACUGUGAAAAUGCCUCAACCAGCGGUGAAGAAGAAGAAGAAGAAAAUGAUUCUGAGACGGAGAAACUCACUAGAGCUCAACGAAAGAGAAUUCGUAGGAAGAAAAUGAAGGAAGAAGCUAUCGUCCGCGGGAAAUUGAUUGGGCCAUUGAUGCCUCCCAUCCAAACAACGCAGCGCGAGGAGGAGGAUGAUGAUCCUCCACCUGUUCGAUCAAAUGCUUCUGAGGAAGGUGAUGAGACAACUUGUGCUAAAUCCAAGAAAAUGAAGCAGCGAAGGAUGACAAAAAGGGUGGCUAAGGAAAAACAAGUUGCUUCUGCAUUGGAGAAAUGCAAUCAAAGUUCAGUUUCAAGUGAUGCUGUUGAUGACAUGAAAGUAGCUCCUUCGUAAGCAUAUGUUUGUAGCUCUUGAGUCUGUGAACUGAAAAUAUACUACUAGUUUGUAACAACAAUCACAAAAAUGGGGAUGUAAUAUAGAGUAUUGUUUUUGUGCAUUUGUUGUUAAGCUCUUAAGGCAGUGAUCAUAAUUUUAAGCAUAAUAGGUGGGAUAGCUUUACAAACUAAAUCAUGACUGUGUUUCACUGUUGUUUGUUAAAUCCUUUCAAUCCACUUUGUGCUUCUGUUUUCCUUAUUUUGGAAUCGGUCAAGUGUGCUCUUAAUUUGAUAAAAUACCCCCACCUGAGGAUGAUUUCAAUUUUACUACCUUCUCCAUUCAUCCUGAGUUAUGGUCUAUGUGACAAAGAGGACAAACCUGAGACCAAUUACAGUCGAAAUGUGCGUGAUAAAACUAAAAAAAUGUUCUAUAAGACUAUAACUAGAUAGAAGAAAAGACCGUGGAUUCUCACAAGCCCUUGGUUUGAUAGCUCUUAUCUCAUCCCUUCUGCAAAGGUUGUGUGUAUUUGAAAUCAUGAUUUGGUCGAUUUUUUUAUCUUGAAUUUUCUCUUUGAAGUUGUUGGAGGGUGUCCCUUCAAUGUUUAAACUUAUUGUGUGUACUACUGUUUGUUUCAUUAAUGGUUGAAGCAGUUAGUUUCCUGUCAACAAAAAACCACUA